AUAGGAGUCACAACCGGCUACCCAACGGUCGGUGUGGCAAAGUCCCUGCUAGCUGUCGACGGUUUGGAUCGCUUCAAAGUACGGCAGGAGCUGCAGGAGGCUGCGGCUGCUUGCAAGGCAACUGCUGUGGCGCCUGGGGCACCAGCGGCGGGGCCAGAAGCGACCCCACCAACCGCUUCAUCCGCCGCAACAACACCAUCACCAGCAGCCGCAUCACCAGCAGCGACAACAGCGGUGGUGCCAACAGGCGCUCAAAUGCUGCGGAAAGCAGCAGCAGCAGCAGCGGUGGCGCCAAGAGACAUUCAAGUGCCGCUUACAGGCGUCAGUGGGAGGGUAUGGGGUACGGCUCUUUGCCCCGGGCUUAGUAAGAAGCCCCUGUACGUUAGCGUGGGCCACCGUCUAAGUCUGAAAACUGCCGUGGAGCUGGUACGGCGCUGCUGCCUACAUCGCGUGCCGGAACCGGUACGACAAGCGGAUCUAAGAUCACGGCAGUGGCUGCGACAACAGGGGGCAGCAGCGGUGUCGCCGGCUGCAGCCGUGACGUCCGCGGAGCCGCAGCCGGGGUCUUAUUAGGAGCAUGCAAGCUGCAUUGGCUGCGUAUGUGGGUUAGGAGCGGUCGGUCCGGUGGCAUGUUGGGAGCACUGAGCCCGGG